AUGGAGCGUGAGAAUGAAGUGUGCUAUUUAUUGCGAUUCCGCAAUCUUUUAAAUCAAUUUUUAGUUGACAUGUACGCAAAAAUUGAGACUGAAAGACUUAACUAUAUUCGUAACAACCAAAAAAAACUGAGAAUAGGUCGUAUCUUUGGUGACACAAGGUGUCACAUGUACACCAUAGAAUGGCAAAAACGUGGACUCCCUCAUGUUCAUAUUCUAUUAUGGUUAGAAGAGAAAAUGAGACCAGAGUCUAUUGACCAAAUUAUCUGCGCUGAGUUACCUGAUCCAGACAUAAAUCCAGAUCUUUAUCAAUUUAUCAAGACAACUAUGGUUCACGGUCCAUGUGGAUCUUUCAACUUAAAAUCACCCUGUAUGGUUGAUGGAGAUGACAGAUAUCCCAAGUAUCGUAGACGAUCACCAGCAGACGGAGGAAAAACUUUCAAACUUAACGGAGUUGAAAUCGACAACCGAUGGAUAGUGCCGUAUAAUCCAGUUCUAUCCCAUACCUUCGGGACUCAUGUUAAUGUUGAGAGUUGUAACUCCGUAAAAGCCAUAAAAUCUAAUUAUUUAAAUAAAGGAUCUGACCAAACAUCGUUUACCGUUCAGGAUUUUGAUGAGGUGACGAAGUACCAGGCGGGACGUUACAUCAGUAGCUCUGAAGCAGUCUGGCGAAUAUUUCGUUUUCCUAUUCAUGACAGGUUUCCUUCGGUGAUGCAUCUUGCUGUACAUCUUGAAAAUGGUCAAAGAAUUUAUUUUACUGAGCAAGAUGUGAUUGACAAAUUCCAGCUUAUUACGUAUGGAAAAAUAACCGCUUCGAUAGAAGAAAAAAGGUAA